AUGCGCGUCGUCCCCCGCGCCUCCGCGCUGAACGAGCGCAUCAUUCAGGAUGCCAACGCGGCGUUCUCCAUCCCGGGCAGCGUCGUCUUCGAGGAGGGCAAAGGCGGCCUACCCGUGUGCAAGCUCACCCACAAGAACGGUGGCACCGCGGAGGUGUACCUCUUCGGCGCGUGCGUCACGUCGUGGUGCCAGCCGAGCGGCGACGAGGUUCUCUUCGUCCGCCCCGACGCCGUGUGGGACAAGUCCAAGCCCAUCUCCGGUGGAAUCCCAAUCUGCUUCCCCCGGUUUGGCCCGUCUCCCGAGAUGCAGCAGCACGGCUUUGCCAGGAAUGUGGACUGGGUCGUGUGCUCCUCUUCUGCGGACCCCAACCCGGAUGACCCGGAGCCGUCCGUCAUGUUCAAGCUCAAGGACAACGACUACACGCGGGAGAUGUGGGACGUUGGAUUCGAGGCGACGUACGAGGUGACAUUGCGCAGGGACAAGCUCAAGAUCGAGUUCUGCGUGCGCAAUCCCCCGGGUGCGGAGAAGCCCAUCGACUUCACCGCGGCGGUUCACACGUACAUCGAAGUCGUCGACGCGGCGUCGCCGGAGUGUUUGGUCAGGGGGCUCAAGGGCAAGAGGUACAUCGACAAGGCGAUCGACACCGACAACCUCGCGCCGGAGCCGUGUGCCGGAGACGUGACCUUUGGGACGGGACUGAUCGACCGGGUGUUCCAAGAGACGGAGCCCGAGGCGCUCCUCCACGUGGGCACGGGCGCGGCUGUCUCUGUGGAGAACACGCGCGGGUGGACGGACACGGUCGUGUGGAACCCUCACGAGACUUUGGACAAGGAGGGCACGUGGAAGAAGUUCGUGUGCGUGGAGAGCGCUGCGAUCUCGAGCAAGGUGACUCUGGAUCCUGAGAAGGUGUGGAGAGCCGAGACCAACCUAUGCGUGAUAGACCUGUAG